UCGACUGCACCUUACCCAACCCAGCCAUCCCCAAAAGGAACGCAAAAUUCAAAAAACAAAAAAAAACCUCCUCAGAUAUUUAUAUCCCAAACUUACCGAUAGAAUAGAACUACUAUCAAAUACCACAAGCAAAACUCCAGUGCCAAGAACCAUUCCUCUUUCUCUCCUUCUCCUUCUUCUCCUCCUCCUCCUCCUCCUCCUCCUCCCUAUCCCACGCACACGCACCGCACUCGCACACGCGCACCCAUUUUUAAAACAUUUCCCUUGCUUUGUUUCAUCGAGAUUACUAGAUCAACGGAGGAUAUGGGCAUAGAAUGAGGAAGAAUCAACGGCUUAGAUAGCCGUCAUCGUCAUCGUUAGUAUCAUCAAAACCACUAUCGAUAUGUCGGUAUCGUGCUCUGAUCGCUUCACUGACUUACUCUGCGGUGAGGAUUCCGACGAAGUAUUCUCCGGUGAAUCGCCGGCGUGUUCGUCAGAGCUGGACUCUUCGGCGUCUUGCAUCGAGGAAUCCUCCAUCGCUGGCUUCAUUGAAGAUGAAAGGAACUUCGUCCCCGGAUUCGAUUACCUGGCUCGGUUUCAGUCUCAGUCUCUUGACGCGUCGGCUCGAGAAGAAUCCGUUGCAUGGAUUCUCAAGGUACAAGCAUACUAUAAUUUCCAGCCUUUGACGGCGUAUCUUUCCGUUAACUACAUGGAUCGGUUUUUGUAUUCCCGCCGGUUGCCGCAAACUAGUGGGUGGCCAUUGCAACUUUUAUCCGUUGCUUGCUUGUCGUUAGCAGCCAAGAUGGAGGAACCUCUUGUUCCAUCUCUUUUAGAUCUUCAGGUAGAGGGUGCCAAAUAUAUUUUUGAACCAAAAACAAUUCGCAGAAUGGAACUGCUUGUGCUCACAGUUUUAGAUUGGAGGCUGCGAUCAGUAACACCAUUCAGUUUCAUUGGUUUCUUUGCAUGCAAGCUCGAUCCAACGGGAACAUUUUUCGGUUUUCUGAUUUCAAGGGCAACGGAUAUCAUUUUAUCCAAUAUCAAAGAGGCCAGCUUCCUAGAGUAUUGGCCUUCAAGCAUUGCUGCUUCAGCGAUACUUUGUGCAGCCAAUGAAAUUCCACACUUGUCUCUUGUUAAUCCUGAGCAUGCUGAGUCAUGGUGUGAUGGACUAAGCAAAGAGAAAAUCCUUAGUUGCUACCGGUUAAUGCAAGAACUUUUGCUUGACAAUGCCAGGAGGAAACUACCAAAGAUCUUACCACAGCUUCGAGUUACAAUCCGGGCUAGAAUGAGGUCCAGUGAGUCGUCAUCCUCAUCUUCCUCAUCACCUUCUUAUAAAAGAAGAAAACUAAAUAACUGCUUGUGGGUAGAUGAUGACAAAGGAAACUCCGAGUAAGGGAAGCAGGGAAAUAAUAAAGAAAAAAAAAAAAAAGGAAAAAUGGUGGCCCAAGUUGUCUAGAAACCUCAAAUUUUUUUUUUUUUUUUUUGGGGAGGGGGAGGGCUUUGAGAGUAAAUUGACCUGAGUGAUGUAGAUUAUCUAGUAUAUAAAUGUAUGUAUGAAAGAAUUUGGUGAGUUUGGAGAUUUAUUAGUUUUUUCGAUGGUGGGCAAUGCCAUUCAUUAAUGGCUUUGCAGAUUCCCAAGGGAGUGGGGAGUUGUUAUAAAUAUUUUUGUGUGAGAAAGUUAGGGGAAAAAGGCCAUGUUUAUGUCUAAUAUAGUGGGAGUGAUGAGGUGUGGAAGAAGUGGCGGGGGGGAGGGAGUUGAAUUUCAAUGCCUGCAUUGAUUAUUGAAUGAAUGGAGAGGGGAAGGAGGUGGCGGGUCUCCUAGGCACAGAGUUUAGAGCCUUAGGAGGGAAAGGACAGAAAAUCCUGAGAUAGGUUGGCGGAUUUGAGGAUGGAACGGUGAGGUUUGAGCUGCGUUCAUUGAGAAGAUGGAUUAAAGUCAAGCUUCGCAUCUAUCCAGGCCACUGUCAUUGCUUCAACAUCUGCUUGCUUUUCUCUAUUCAAUAUUUGGCUACGCACAAAUACAAAGAUGAAAAAGGAAAAAUAAAUAUGGCUCCAUUAUUUUUUUAAACUUCAGUAUUUUUUUUUGAGUCGUUUGUGUGCGCACGCAUUCGGCAUGUGUGGCACGCACGUGUGUAUGUGUGCUUUUUUGGCGGGAAAUGCCUCCUCUUCUAUUGGCCUUGGCCUUUGGCCUAACCUAUACAAUGGUGUUCAUGCGUGUGAUGGUGACACGUGUGCAUACUUUUUUUUCGGCUCUUUAUUUUUUCAUUUUUUAUUUCCUCAGAGGAGAAAGAAAACCUCUCUCAUGGCCAGAGUUUGGCCUAAACAUAUACGAAGGUCUUUGGGGCCUUUCAAGCGUGUUGUGUUUGAUUCGUGAAUAAAUAAAUAAUCGGAUUAUUUCGUUAUAUAACUA